AAAGAAAAGGAUCCGAGCUGCAGUUUGGUUUAGAUCUGAGCAGAGACGCAGGAGACCUGUUCAGCGGCGGAUCGAGUCUCUUCGCGUUUAGUUUGAACUCGCAUGGAUGUUUUCUUUCAAAUUAUUAUUAUUAUUAUUGUUUUGCUGGAAAUCGGCGAGAAAGAGCAUCUUAAGAAGACGGCGAGGAUUGUGGACUUUUGGUGCAUUUUCCUGGGAUUUUAAUCGCAGGGGAUACCUCACACUCUACAUGCCGGUGUAGAAAGUCGAUCCGAGCUGUUAAAAGUGUUUCGGGCUGUGACUUUAUACCGUCUCUGGUUAAAGGGUACGGGCUUAGAUUAUGUUACAGACCAUGUUAUGAUGUUUUAUUCGUACCUAUCAAACACAUAAACACUCCAUUGCGCAGAGAACCGCCACAGUUAUUUGUUACUUACUGUAAAAUCAGCUAAAUGCAUGCAUUUUAAACGGAAUGCUGCAGUGCAUUUGUUGCAUGGUUUUCUUACUCUAGAUGCAACAAAAUAGCCGUCAGUCUAAUGUUGCGGUUUUGCCACCAAUGCUCUCCAGUUGGCUGUGCAUGCGACUGCACGGCAUUUCAGUGUCAUUGAUGUUUUGCAAAGACAGGAGUAGUAUAUCCGUUCAAGAAUAAAGCCUCCCCUUCUAAAUAUUCAAGUUAUCGUAUGUUCAGGACGAAACGCUCAGGUCUUGUGCGGCGACUCUGGAGAAGCCGUUUGAUCCCAGAUAAAGAAGGGGAGGAUGGAAAUGGCAGAAAUAGUGAGGGCUGUUGGGACGAUCUUUUUGGCAACAACCCAGAGAAAAUUCCCAAAACGGAGUUCAGCCCGAUGACCCUCAGCGGGUCAUUUUUCGGGGACAUAGGGAGCGUGCGCGCCGUGGAGAGCGGCGGCGGAGAAGGUGGAGAGCUCGGCGGCUUGGGGGUCACGUCGGACCAAGAUGCGGGCGCGGUGUCCGUCCCGGAGCAAGGGAGCCCUCGCUCAGUGCAGGACUGCGAGUGCAGGACGGUGACGUGCUGCUUGUUUAAAGAGCGGGACCACACCGAGGCGGCUCAGGGCACCAGGGAUCCGGGGUCGUGCCACUUCAUGCUGAGGAGCCUCGGCCCUGGAGACGACAGCAGCUCUCCUGAGGCUCAGGAGGCGAUGCCGCGCACCGUGUUGGAACAGGAGCUGAAGACGGCCACGUACUCCCUGCUGAAACGGCUAAAGGAAAAGGCGCUGGAUACCUUGCUGGAGGCGGUGGAGUCCAGAGGAGGGAUGCCCAGCGACUGUGUUAUGAUUUCCAGGACCGAGCUCAUUCUGGGCGGACAUGUGGCAUCCCCGCAGCUGCUUGUGUGCAAAGUGUACCGAUGGGCUGACUUACAGCACACGGCCCAGCUCAAACCGCUCUGUGAGUGCAAGAGCUUCGGGGCACAGGACAGUCCAACAGUAUGCUGCAACCCCUAUCACUACAGCCGGCUCUGUGGGCCAGAGUCACCUCCACCCCCAUAUUCGAGGCUUUCUCCUAAUGAAGAACACAAGCCACUGGAUCUCUCAGACUCCACAUUGUCGUACACUGAAAGCGAGGCAGCCAGCUCGCCAAACAUCACACCGGGGGAGUUUUCAGAUGCCAGCAUGUCGCCAAAUGCCCCGAAGCAGAGCCACUGGUGUAACGUGGCGUACUGGGAGCACCGCACUCGCGUGGGCCGCCUCUACACGGUGUACGAGCACUCCGUCAGCAUCUUCUAUGAUCUACCUCAGGGCACAGGCUUCUGCCUGGGCCAGCUCAACCUGGAUCACCGCAGCAGCAACGUUCAACGCACGCGGGGCAAAAUCGGCUAUGGCAUCCUCCUCAGCAAAGAGUCCGACGGCGUUUGGGCGUACAAUCGAAGUGAGCAUCCAAUAUUUGUCAACUCACCUACGCUGGACAUGCCCAACAGCAGGACUCUGGUUGUGCGAAAAGUGAUGCCAGGAUACUCCAUCAAAGUAUUUGACUAUGAGCGCUCGUGCCUCCUGAGGCACUCCCCCGACUUGGACUUCCUGGAUGGACCCUAUGACCCCAACAGUGUGCGCAUUAGCUUUGCUAAGGGCUGGGGACCCUGUUACUCAAGACAGUUCAUUACUUCCUGCCCUUGUUGGCUGGAGAUUCUCCUCAACAACCAUAGAUAACACAAACGGAUCCCACAAACUUUCCCAAAUAUCAUCUACCUAGAUUUAAUAUAAAGUUUUAUAUAUUAUAUAAAAUAUAUAUUAUACAUGUAAAUACAAAGUCAUUUUUACAAUGUCAUUAUUUAUGUAUGGUGCAAUGUGUAUAUGGACAAGAGGAAAAACAGAAAAUGCACUUUGGCAAGUAUAUAUAUAUAUAUAUAUAUAUAUAUAUAUAUAUAUAUAUAUAUAUAUAUAUAUAUAUAUAAUAUUUGAGAAGUUAUACAGCAAAAUUAGGAUGAGCCUGGAUUUGGUGUAUAGUUUUCAUAUACUAUUAAUAUCCAGACAAAAAGCUAACACCAUUCACACAUUGAUAAUAAAGUAUUCGCAUAUUGA